AUGGGGGAUGGGCUGCUUGCCAAACUUGAAAGUUUUUCUUUCCUGAUAUUAAUUUUUCUUGCUCGUUUUGUAAAGACAUUUUUUUUUCUUUCAUCUCACUCAUUUGCUGCUUCAUCUUUCUCUAUAUUGAAAGCUUUCUUUCCCAUCCAAGUUCCUUCGAUUCCCUUCGUCUUUGAUUUUUUUUCUUUAUUAAUUUACCGCCAUCUUCUUUUCAACAUCUUUGAAGAUUAUUAUCUUUUUAUUAAUUCGUCCCCUUCUACUGUUUUCAUUCUUUUUCCUUUCUUUUUUUUUUAUUUUUGGAAUUUUUUUCUUCUUCAGUUAAACUUCUUCUAUUUGCCUCCUUCUUCUUCAUCUAUUUUCAUUCCUUUUCUUCUUUUUCUUUUGUUGUCAUUCCUUUUCUACAUACGUUUUUUCACUUUUUCUUUCGCCAUUUUUCUUCUUCAUCAAUCUAUUCUUCUGCUACGUUCUAUUUUUCUUUUUUCUUCAUCUUCACUCAUUUCUUUUCUUUUUUUGUCAUUCCCCCCUCCCUUUUAUCAUUUCCAUCCUCUUCUUUCUCUUUUACCAUUCUCUUUCUUUUUCUUUUGUUAUUCAAUUUCUUCUUCUUCUUCUUCUUCUUUGUUACUUUUUCUUCAUUUAAAUGUUUCCUUUCUUUGGUCAGUUUAUAUUUUUCUUUUUCUUCUUUGUCUUCAGUUAUUUCUUUUCUUCUUUUUAUCAUUCCCUUCGUUCCCAUUUAUCUACUUUCUUCUCCUUUCCCUCUUUAAUCUUCUUCAUCUUUUUCAUUUCCUGUCUCCUUUAUCAAUUCUUCUAUCAUACCUCCCUCCCUGCUCGUCCCCAAUUAUUUUCUCCUAUCUGCAAUUUUGUUAUUUCUUUUUAUCUUGUCGUCUGCUUCUUUCAUUUCCUUUUGUUUCAUAUUGUUCUCCCCAUUUCAUUCUACUUCCAUUAUUCUUCAGGCAUCCUCUUUCAUCGGAUUCUUUUUCUGCUGUCGCCCCUUUUUUCAGCUAUCUUUGUUUUUCCCUUUCUUCUUCUCCUUCAUCAUCUUUUUUAUUCCAUUUCUUUCUUUCUUCCUCCUUUUUCUUUCAUUCUUUCUUCUUAUGUUCCCAGGUCCGCCCUGACACGAGGUGGUAG